AAACUCCAUGCACUCUCCGUCUCAAGCAUAGGAAUUGAGUUAAGUUUUUAUUCCUACAAAUGGAGAAUGGUGGAGAACCCAAGUUUGAACUUGUCGUCGAGCAAGGAGAAAAAACUCUUGUACCUCCAGCAGAGGAAACAGAGAAAGGUCUAUACUUCCUCUCCAACUUCGACCAAAUCUUGAACCUCGAAAACCUUGAAGAAUGCCUAGACGUGUUCGUUCGCACGAUUUACUGCUUCAAAUCAGAGGACAAGGGAAACGGAAGAGCAAACGAGAUCAUGAACGAUGCGCUGUCGAAAGUUCUUGUCCGUUACUAUCCCUUGGCCGGGCGGCUGACGAUGGGCCCCGAGGGCAGGCUGAUGGUGGAUUGUACAGGGGAAGGCGCUCUUUUCGUCGAGGCAGAAGCAAAUUGCAGAAUUGAGGACAUUGGAGAUGGCACAAAGCCUGAUCCUGUGACUCUUGGGAAGCUGGUUUAUGACGUUUCUAAUGUCAAAAGUAUACUUGAAGUGCCUCCUCUUAUGGCUCAGGUGACAAAGUUCAAAUGUGGAGGAUUUGUCCUAGGCCUAUGCAUGAAUCACAUUAUGUUUGAUGGGAUUGGGGCCAUGCAAUUUGUCAACUCAUGGGGUGAAACUGCCAGAGGGCUACCGCUUACAAUCCCUCCAUUCCUCGACAGAACCAUCCUCAAGGCUCGAAACCCGUCGGAGAUCCAAUUCCCCCACCACGAAUACGCAGAAAUUGAAGACAAAUCCGACAUCCUAAACCUCUUGAAGCAAGAAAUCCUCUACCGAUCAUUCUGUUUCGACCCAGAAAAGCUCGAAAACCUCAAAUCGAAGGCUACGGAGGACAGGGCAAUAACUAGUUGCACCACGUUCGAAGCCCGCUCCGCGUUUGUGUGGAGGGCCCGGAGUCGGGCGUUGAAUAUGAGACCUGAUCAAGAGACGAGGCUCCUUUUCCCGGUCGAUUCCAGGUCCAGAUUCAAUCCGAAAAUACCACCAGGGUAUUUCGGGAAUGCGGUCGUGAUGACGUCCUCUGUUUGUGCUGCAGGGGAGCUAGUGGAGAAUCCGUUAUCGUUUGCCGUGGGAAUAGUCAAAGAAGCAGUUAAGUUGGUUACGUACGAUUAUAUGAGAUCCGCGAUCGACUAUACUGAGGUGAAUAGAGGGCGGCCUUCGUUGACCGGGACUCUUAUGAUCGCGGUUUGGUUUAGGCUAUCUUUUCACACAAUGGAUUUCGGGUGGGGGGGGCCGAUCUUUAUGUGCCCCACGACAUUGCCGGAGAAGGAAGUGAUUAUGUUUCUGCCUCACGGGAGAGAGAGGAAAAGCAUCAAUGUGCUUGUGGGAUUGCCUGCUCCUGCAAUGGAAUCAUUUCAAGAGCUUAUGCAGUUCUAAAAGGAAGAUUUGGUUAAUAUUUCUUUUUAUGUGUUGAUGAUGUUUGUGACCAUUUGGUGCUGUUUAUUUAUUGCCUGUAAGUGUUCCAACUGAGGGGGAAGGGAUGAAAAACUGAAGGGGUGGAUGAUUCUUGUAGAAGACAAGGGCAGAAGAUGUGGGAACUUUAUAUUAUCAGUUUGUUGAUUGUUAUUGUCUUUUAAUGUAUCACCACAUUGUAUGGGCCUAAGCUAAGUCCUAUUUUGAGAAUUAGAGCAUGUUUAUUUUGUA